ACGUUGUCAUGGUGUUGACCUGCAGGUGACCCGGAGGCUCUGAAGAAGAAGAGUUUCACCAUGAAGGAAGGAGUGGACUACAGAGUGAAGAUACACUUCAAGGUUAACAGGGAUAUUGUGUCUGGGCUGAAGUACGUCCAUCUGACCUACAGGAAAGGAAUCAGAGUGGACAAGGCUGUGUACAUGGUGGGCAGCUACGGGCCGCGGGUGGAGGAGCACGAGUUCAUGACCCCGGUGGAGGAGGCGCCCAAAGGCAUGAUUGUCAGAGGCAGCUACCACAUCAAGUCCCACUUCACCGACGACGACAAGACCGACCACCUCUCCUGGGAGUGGAACCUGGGGAUCAAGAAGGACUGGGACGAAUAGAGAGGAGCCUCAUUUCUCUCUCCCUCCUUCCCUCUCCCUGUGUCUCCACCUCUCCCUUUCCCCUUCCUUCCUUCCUUCCUUCUCUCUCCCUUGUCUCCCCCACUUUCAUCCCUUCUUCCUCCAUCAAGAAGGACUGGGAUGGAUAGAGACCUCUUCCUUCUCUCCAUGCUUCCCUCUCCCCUUGUCUCCCCUCUCCCUCCUUCUCUCCCUCUUCAUUUAGAAGGACUGGGAUGGAUAGAGACCUCAUCCCUCUCCCCGUGUCUCCCCUCUCCCUCCUUCUCUCCCUCUUCAUUUAGAAGGACUGUCUCUCCCUCUUUCUUCCUCCCCCCUCCUCUCCCCCUCCCUCCAAGGCCCACCUGUAUAAUAGUAAAAGACAGAGGCCGGUAUGAAAGGUGUAAACAGGAAGUUAGGUUAGGCACGGUCUAGAACGAGACAGAGAGGAUGUUGUCAUAAACCAAACCAGUAUCACAUCAUAGUAGACAACCGAACAUCGUGGGCUACAAACCAAUAUGGCCCCCUAUUCCCUAUAUAGUGCACUACCCGCAGGGCUCUGGUUAAAAGUAGUGCACUAUGUAGGGAAUAGGGGGCCAUUUUGGGAGGCAGGGGGUGUGAGCUGUAGGUGGAGAUCCACUUGUCUAUUUGUGAUGUAAUCUGAUGUUCUCUACUACAGUGUGUUAACUGAAGGGGAUCAAAUGAAGUUAAACCCGUGGGACUCACUCAUACAGUGACGUUGGAGUAUGGAGAUGUAUUUACACCCCAUAGUGGGAGAGGCACAUUCUAGAAGGUUAUUCUAAAGUGUUCUAUUCAGAAAAUUGCCAGUUCAACAAGGUUUCAAGGAGCAGCCCUUUGUAAUGUUAGUUAUCAGUUAGAAUGUUUGACAACAGCGUGUCUCAUACUCCUCAAGAAGUUACCAUCUUCUAAGUCCUACAUCUAGAAUGACCAUCUUCUAGGUCCUACAUCUAGAAUGACCAUCUUCUAAGUUCUACAUCUAGAAUGACCAUCUUCUAAGUUCUACAUCUAGAAUGACCAUCUUCUAAGUCCUACAUCUAGAAUGACCAUCUUCUAAGUCCUACAUCUAGAAUGACCAUCUUCUAAGUCCUACAUCUAUAAUGACCAUCUUCUAAGUCCUACAUCUAGAAUGACCAUCUUCUAAGUUAUAGUUCUAGAAUGACCAUCUUCUAAGUCCUACAUCUAGAAUGACCAUCUUCUAAGUCCUACAUCUAGAAUGACCAUCUUCUAAGUUCUACAUCUAGAAUGACCAUCUUCUAAGUUAUAGUUCUGGAAUGACCAUCUUCUAAGUUAUAGUUCUAGAAUGACCAUCUUCUAAGUUCUACAUCUAGAAUGACCAUCUUCUAAGUUAUAGUUCUAGAAUGACCAUCUUCUAAGUUAUAGUUCUAGAAUGACCAUCUUCUAAGUCCUACAUCUAGAAUGACCAUCUUCUAAGUUCUACAUCUAGAAUGACCAUCUUCUAAGUUCUACAUCUAGAAUGACCAUCUUCUAAGUCCUACAUCUAGAAUCUCAUUUAUGUUACUGUGUCUUUCAGUUGCCUUCUGUCUCUGUUAUAGUUGACACACCUGAGCUGUUAUUGGAUUCAUGUAAAACAACAUGGUUUCACGCUGUCUGGAGGAGUGUUACCAUGGUAACAUAUCAACUUCACGCUGUCUGGAGGAGUGUUACCAUGGUAACAUAUCAACUUCACGCUGUCUGGAGGAGUGUUACCAUGGUAACAUAUCAACUUCACGCGGUCUGGGGGAGUGUUACCAUGGUAACAUAUCAACAGACAACUGUUGUUUUCUCAGGUUUGUCCUUUUAUAGUUGCUCUAUUUUUUUCAAUGCUUCUUGAAUGUCAUUUCCCCCAAAAUGUCUGCCUCUUUGCCUAUAUUGAGAGAGUUGCUCUUUAAAAAGAUAACACCAUUCACCAUGUAUCAUCCAUCUCCCAUUAAACAUCAUGUAAACAUCCUGA